AUGGGCCACAGGGGAGUGGAUGCGUCCGGAGAGACCACCUACAAGAAGGUAGGCAGCAGGCACUAGCUCCCCCUGAUUCAAUUAGUCAAUCAAUUACAUAGUAAUAACAUAUAGUGCCUGCGCCUUGAAAUGCCUUACAGCACAACAGUCAACCCCCCUCUAGAGCAAGCAAGCCAAGACAUUGGCACAAGAAAACUAACCUGGUAAUGGUCCUGAAUGCAUAAUUAGGCUACAGCUGUGAGCAGACACAUAGCUCUGUAACCUGCACACUGUAUGUUUACAUUUACAUUUUAGUCAUUUAACAGACGCUCUUAUCCAGAGUCUGACUUACAAGAACAAUUAGGGUUAAGUGCCUUGCUCAAGGGUACAUUUGUCACCUUGUCGACUCAGGGAUUCGAACCAGCAACCUUUUGGUUAUUGUCCCAGCGCUCUUAAGCGCUAGGCUACCUGCUGCCUGUUCCACUUAUACUAAUGUGAGAAGACAGAAAGACACACCAGAGCAGACCCAGUUUGUCUCACUGAGAACCAACCUGAUGGAGAUCUACUGAGACCUGAUUUAACAACCCUGUCUGUCUGUCUGUCUGUCUUUAGCACUUUAGAGUAUAUGUAUUCUGGUGUGCAUGGUUGAGCGAGUCAAUGUUUUGGCUCUUCAUUGUAGAGUACAGUCCCCUCAUUAGCUGAACUAAUGGAGCUGUUAAAUCAGAAGAUUUCUCAAUUAAUAUAAAUGAUUUGCAGUCCACCAAGCUCAGAAAUGUUUAAAUAUCUCCCCUAACCCCCACCGUCUGUCUCCUCUCCCCCCAGACCACGUCCUCUGCCUUGAAAGGUGCCAUCCAGCUGGGCAUUGGCUACACGGUGGGCAACCUGAGCUCCAAGCCUGAGAGAGACGUUCUCAUGCAGGACUUCUAUGUGGUUGAGAGCAUCUUCUUUCCCAGGUAACUAAAUCAAAUCAGAUCAAAUCAAAGUUUAUUGAUCGCGUACACAGUUUUGCAGAUGUUAUCGCCAGUGCAGUGAAAUGCUUCACUAUUAUUCUACAAUGUAAAACAUUUUUAAAAUAAAGAAAAACCCUUGAAUGAGUAGGUGUGCCCAAACUUUUGACUGGUAGUGUAUGUGAAUGGUGUGUAUUGACUGUAUGGACAGUAUACAGUGCCUUGCAAAAGUAUUCAUCCCCCUUGGCGUUUUUCCUAUUUUGUUGCAUUACAACUUGUAAUUUAAAUGGAUUUCUAUUUGGAUUUCAUGUAAUGGACAUAAACAAGAUAGUCCAAAUUGGUGAAGUGAAAUGAAAAAAAUUACUUGUUUCAAAAAAUUCUAAAAAAUAAAUAACGGAAAGAGGUGCGUGCAUAUGUAUUAUUUCCCUAUGCUAUGAAGCCCCUAAAUACGAUCUGGUGCAACCAAUUACCUUCAGAAUUCACAUAAUUAGUUAAAUAAAGUCCACCUGUGUGCAAUCUAAGUGUCACAUGAUCUGUCACAUGAUCUCAGUAUAUAUACACCUGUUCUGAAAUGCCCCAGAGUCUGCAACACCACUAAGCAAGGGGCACCACCAAGCAAGCGGCACCAUGAAGACCAAGGAGCUCUCCAAACAGGUCGUUGUGGAGAAGUACAGAUCAGGGUUUGGUUAUAAAAAAAUAUCUGAAACUUUGAACAUCCCACGGAGCACCAGUAAAUCCAUUAUUAAAAAAUUUAAAGAAUAUGGCACCACAACAAACCUGCCAAGAGAGGGCCGCCCACCAAAACUCAUAGACCAGGCAAGGAGGGCAUUAAUCAGAGAGGCAACAAAGAGACCAAAGAUAACCCUGAAGGAGCUGCAAAGCUCCACAGCGGAGAUUGGAGUAUCUGUCCAUAGGACCACUUUAAGCCAUACACUCCACAGAGCUGGGCUUUACGGAAGAUGGCCAGAAAAAAGCCAUUGCUUAAAGAAAAAAAUAAGCAAACACGUUUGGUGUUCGCCAAAAGCCAUGUGGGAGACUCCCUAAGCAUAUGGAGACUAAAAUUGAGCUUUUUGGCCAUCAAGGAAAACGCUAUUUCUGGCGCAAACCCAACACGUCUCAUCACCCCACAGUGAAGCAUGGUGGUGGCAGCAUCAUGCUGUGGGGAUGUUUUUCAUCGGCAGGGACUGGGAAACUGGUCAGAAUUGAAGGAAUGAUGGAUAGCGCUAAAUAUAGGGAAAUUCUUGAGGGAAACCUGUUUUCAGUCUUCCAGAGAUUUGAGACUGGGACGGAGGUUCACCUUCCAGCAGGACAAUGACCCUAAGCAUACUGCUAAAGCAACACUCGAGUGGUUUAAGGGGAAACAUUGCAAUGUCUUGGAAUGGCCUAGUCAAAAAUGAACAGUCUAUAAUUUUAAUGGUAGGUUUAUUUGAACAGUGAGAGACAGAAUAACAACAAAAAAAUCCAGAAAAACGCAUGUCAAAAAUGUUAUAAAUUGAUUUGCAUUUUAAUGAGGGAAAUAAGUAUUUGACACGGCCAAGGCAACAAAGGAGUGGCUCAAGAGGAAGCACAUUAAGGUCCUGGAGUGGCCUAGCCAGUCUCCAGACCUUAAUCCCAUAGAAAAUCUGUGGAGGGAGCUGAAGGUUCGAGUUGCCAAACGUCAGCCUCAAAACCUUAAUGACUUGGAGAAGAUCUGCAAAGAGGAGUGGGACAAAAUCCCUCCUGAGAUGUGUGCAAACCUGGUGGCCAACUACAAGAAACGUCUGACCUCUGUGAUUGCCAACAAGGGUUUUGACACCAAGUACUAAGUCAUGUUUUGCAGAGGGGUCAAAUACUUAUUUCCCUCAUUUAAAAUGCAAAUCAAUUUAUAACAUUUGUGACAUGCGUUUUUCUGGAUUAUUUUGUUGUUAUUCUGUCUCUCACUGUUCAAAUAAACCUACCAUUAAAAUUAUAGACUGAUCAGUGGGCAAACGUACAAAAUCAGCAGGGGAUCAAAUACUUUCUUCCCUCGCUGUAAAAGGUGUGUACAGCAGUAGUUAACUGCUAACCACACCAUCAGGGCAGCACAUAACUUUGUGAAAUCAUUAGAACGAGACAGUCAUGUCAUCCAGGCCUUUCAAGAUAUCAGAGAAUUGGGACCGAUCACAUCCCUGAUCCUGGAUAUGUUAUUUUGAUUGAAAGCAAUUCAUAUAUUUACACUAGAAUAGUCCCUUAGUUCAUACAUAGUUGUCCCGUAUCUAAAAGCUUUUCUCCCCUUCUCCCCCUUCCAGUGAAGGCAGCAACCUGACUCCAGCCCACCACUUCCCAGACUUCCGCUUUAAGACGUACGCUCCUGUGGCCUUCCGCUACUUCAGGGAGCUCUUUGGGAUCAGGCCUGAUGACUACCUGGUAAGAACAUGGAAAUCUACCCUUUUUCAACCAUGACAACAGACAUGAAGACAUUGCAUGACGUCAACGUAUUAGAUGACUAGAAUGAACAGACGAGCAGUCAUUUGAUAGGCCAAUGUUGUGGAAUGGUUUUAGGAUGGCUAGUGCACCAAUUCCUGAUCCCACUGAAGCAGCUCACUGUACAAAAGCUGUUCAGAGGUUCCCUGUAUAGAGAGACAGAGGCAUAAGGCUUGGUGUCCAGUCCACCUGCAGUGUCCUGGUCUUGAGCCUUGGCCCAUACUCCCACAGCUUGCUGCCCACUCCCUCCCUCUCAGUCCAGCCUGCUGCCAUCAGUGAGCAGCACAGCCGGCUCUGUAGCACCCUGACUGGGAGUGUGAUCUCCCCCACCAGACAGGCAGCCACCCAGGCACACCUGGAGAGAGACUGGGAAAAUAAUCAGGAGAGACAGGGAGAGACAGGGAGAGACAGGGAGGGACAUGGAGGGACAGGGAGGGACAUGGAGAGACAGGGAGGGACAGGGAGAGACAGGGAGGGACAUGGAGAGACAUGGAGAGACAGGGAGAGACAGUGAGAGACAGGGAGGGACAUUGAAGAGACAGAGAGAGACAGGGAGGGACAGGGAGGGACAGGAAGAGACAGGGAGGGACAUGGAGAGACAUGGAUAGACAUGGAGAGACAGUGAGAGACAGGGAGGGACAUUGAAGAGACAGAGAGAGACAGGGAGAGACAGGGAGAGACAGUGAGAGACAGGGAGGGACAUUGAAGAGACAGAGAGAGACAGGGAGGGACAGGGAGAGACAGGGAGGGACAUGGAGAGACAGGGAGGGACAUGGAGAGACAGGGAGGGACAUGGAGAGACAGGGAGGGACAUGGAGAGACAGGGAGGGACAUGGAGAGACAGGGAGGGACAGGGAGGGACAGGGAGGGUUGGAGACAAUCAGGAGAUUUUGGGAGAGGGAGAGAUGGGUAAAGAAAUACUGUGUGGAUGAAUAGGGAUAUUAGGCAGGAAGAAGGAUAGAAUAGGGAGGGUGAGAGGAGAAACAGUAUGCAGAGAGGAGGAUGGCUGGGGAGGGCCAGAGAAGGGUUGGGUUGAGUGCACGUGUGACAUGUCUCUCUCUCUCUCUCUCUCUCUCUCUCUCUCUCUCUCUCUCUCACACACUCUCUUUCUCUCUACUUGUAGAGUAGGAUACAUGCAUGUCCUUGUGUGUGUUUCGAUAUGCCAUAAUAGUGCAGUCAAAGUGUGUGUGUGACACGCACACCUCACCCCUCAUGGCCCUUGUCACAUUGUAUCAGUGUUGCCUGACUGGCUGUGUGUGUUCGUCUGUGAACAUGCCCCUCCUGUCUUCUAGAGGAUAUGAUUAUGCAACUGCCUGUGUUUUUAGGCUGCUGUCAUGCUCCUGUGUGUAUUAGGUGUCUGUAUCUCUCUGAGGGUCUGCGUGUGUGUGUGUGUGUGUGCAGUGUUCCUGCCUCAGUGAUUAAUCACAGUGCCUGGAGCUCGAGCUCUCUGCACUCAGGGUCUUGCUCUCCCUUCCUUCCUUCCUUCCUGCCUGUCUCUCUCCUCUCUCUCUCCUCUCCUCUCUCUCUCCCUCUCCUCUCCUCUCUCCCUCUCUCCUUCUCUCCUCUCCUCCUCUCUCUCUCUCUCUCUCUCUCUGACUAGUACUCUCUCUUCUCUCGUCUGUCCUCUUCUCGAGUCUACUCUCGCCCACGCACUCUUCUCUCUCGUCUCUCUCAACUCUCCCCUCGUCUGGAUCCUCUUCUCUCUGCUCCUCUCUCUCUCUCUCUCUCUCGUCUCUCUCUCUCCUCUCAUCCUCUUUCCUCUCUCUCUCUCACCUCUCUUUCUCUCUCACUCUCUCUCUCUCUUAUUCAUUACAUCUUUGUCAUUACACGCUCUUAACCGCCCACUUACGGGCAAUUGGGUUUAAGUCCUUCCCCGGGCACAUUAACGCAUGUUAGCCGACGUCUUAGCAGAGCGACUCACAAAUUGGUGCGUUCAACUAUAGCAGUGGUACCAUUUCAUUGGGGGUGGGAUGGGGUUUGGUUUUCGAGGAAUACUUUAGUAUCCAGGUUUCUUGAAGAGGUGUUUCUGCCCGAAGGUGGUGAUGACUCGCUUCUCUUCAACGACAUUCAUCAUCUCUAUCUGUAUCUUCAGUCUCACUCUCCCCUCUAUCUUUAUUUCUUUCUCUUUUCCCCUCUCCCCCUCUUUCUCUCUCCCUCUCUCUGUCUCAUCCUCCCCUCCCCUCGUCCAUCCCCUGUUCCCCGUACUGUCUGAUUGGGAUGCGCCUGCAAGAAGGAAUGAUUUAAACAGGCUGUACAUUUCAGAGUGAUGGAUUGUGGAAACUAUUGUUUUUUCUGGAAAAAAUUUAAUUCCUGCUUUUUGGAGGGAUUGAAUAUCUAACCCCCAAAGUGAUCUUUUUUGUUUCAAAGCGUGACAUUUUUAUCAUUUUAAUUGUAUUUUUUCAGUGCUUUUACCCAAUUUGACCAGUGUAUCUCUGUCUUUUGUCAGUGUGUGUGAGGCCCACACACCCACAGCUUGCUGCCCACUCCCUCCCUCUCAGUCCAGCCUGCUGCCAUCAGUGACAGCACAAGCCUGCUCGGUAGCACCCUGACUGGGAGUUGUGAUCUCCCCACCAACCAGGCAGCCACCCCAGCCCACCGGAGAGAGACCUGGGAAAUAAAUCGGAGAGACAGGGAGAGACAGGGAGGGACAUGGAGAAAUAGGGAGGGUUGGAGACAAUCAGGAGAUUUUGGGAGAGGGAGAGAUGGGUAAAGAAAUACUGUGUGGAUGAAUAGGGAUAUUAGGCAGGAAGAAGGAUAGAAUAGGGAGGGUGAGAGGAGAAACAGUAUGCAGAGAGGAGGAUGGCUGGGGAGGGCCAGAGAAGGGUUGGGUUGGGUUGAGGAGAGGGGGAAAGGUAUACAAGGGCUGGGUAGAGAUGGUUAGGGCCAGAUGAAGUCUGGGGGAGAGGUUAGGUUGAGGAGGAGGCAGGGUGAGUCACCGCUCCUCCCUGAGUGGUCAGCAGUCUAGAAGCUCCAAACACACACAUACCUCUGAUUAGUGUGUGUGUGCACGUGUGACAUGUCUCUCUGUGUAUGUAUACUUGUCGAGUAGGAUACAUGCAUGUCCUUGUGUGUGUUUCGAUAUGCCAUAAUAGUGCAGUCAAAGUGUGUGUGUGUUUGUGUCUGCAGUACUCCCUGUGUAACGAGCCCCUGAUCGAGCUGUCCAACCCCGGGGCCAGUGGCUCUGUGUUCUACCUGACCAAGGACGAUGAGUUCAUCAUCAAGACCGUCAUGCACAAGGAGGCCGAGUUUCUACAGAAGCUGCUGCCUGGCUACUACAUGGUGAGAUAUGACCCCACACACUCACAAGACACACACGCACACACAUACUCUGCAUCAUUCCACUCACUCACAUACUACACACGAGAGGCAAUCUUUCCUGAUGAAUUGCAAGUUCCUGGAAGGAACAUGAAGGAACAUGAAAGAACAUCAAUCCCAUGUUUUGCUGAUCCCAUCCUUACACACUUCAUUGCUCCAAGCCCAAACAACUCUGCCUAGCUGCUUUACACCUUGGUACAUUCACUAGUGUUGUCUAGACUGCAGGUAACUGCAGGGCACCUAGCCUAGGGAGGUCCUGGUCACUGUGUAACAGAAGCAGGGUGUUGUUGAGCCUGGGAUCACCAUGCUGGUCACACUUUACUAGAAGGCUAGUUAAACAGCAACAGCUCAGUUUAUUAGGUACACCAUCCCGUUCACAAAAAUGGUUAGCUCCUACAGACAGUGAGUCAAGUGGCCAUGGCUUGCUAUAUAAAGCAGGCAGACAGGCAUCAAGGCAUUCAGUUACUAUUCGAUUGAAUGUUAGAAUGGGCAAAACGAGUGACCUAAGCAACUUUGAGCAUGGAAUGAUCGUCGGUGCCAGGCGCGCCGGUUCCAGUAUCUCAGAAAUGGUCAGCCUCCUGGGAUUUUCACACACAAGUUUCUAUGGUUUACAGAGAAUGGUGCGACAAACAAAAAACAUCCAGUCAGCGGCAGUCCUGUGGGCGAAAACAGCUCGUUGAUGAGAGGUCGAAGGAGAAUGGCAAGAAUUGUGCAAGCUAACAGGGGGUCCACAAACAGGUAAAUAACUGCGCAGUACAACAGUGGUGUGCAGAACGGCAUCUCAGAGCGCACAACUCGUCGGUCUUUGUCACGGAUGGGCUAUUGCAGCAGACGACCACGCCGGGUUCCACUCCUAUCAGCUAAAAACAAGAAGCGGCUCCACUGGACAAUUGAGGUGGAAUAACAUUGCCUGACGAAUCCCGGUUCCUGUUGCGUCAUACUGAUGACAGAGUCAGGAUUUGGCGUAAACAGCAUGAGUCCAUGGCCCCAUCCUGCCUGGUGUCAACGGUACAGGCUGGUGGUGUAAUGGUGUGGGGAAUGUUUCCUGGUGCACGUUCGGUCCCUUGAUACCAAUUGAGCAACGUUUCCAUGCCCCGAAGAAUUCAGGCUGUUCUGGAGGCAAAGGGGGGUCCGACCAGGUACUAGUGUAGGUCCAUGUUUCUAUUUUAGAUUUCUAUUUUUAGUGGGGCUAAGCUUGUGUAUAUUCAUGUACCAACAGGCACGGCAACAGAGCAGGAAUUUACCCAUGUUUGAAGGGAAAUGCCCGGAAGCAUUAGUACAUGACAACAGGAAGACAUUUACUCUGACCUUUUCCACCAUUUUGGCUCCAGGCAAUUGCAGUUACACGAUUCCAAUGGUUGUUAGGUGUGCGAGUUAAUGAGCCCAGAGGGAUUCUGAGCCAUGCUGGUUCACUGUGGCCUGAGGCCAUAGCAGACUGAGACUAAGACUGAGACUGAGACAAACAGUGGGGACAGGCAGGCAGGCACAUACACACACACAGAGAGAGGCAGUAGAACAGCUCUACACGUCUGCUGCAGUUGACAGGACUGGGUUGGGCUGGGGGCAUAAUGUAAAACAUGGUGAUGUAACAGACGUCAGUGCCACCCCCUCACACUUGUUUUCCACUCUCUCAUGGCAUCAUUCUCCAUGCCUGUUUUCCCCAUACUUUUCUAUUUACCCAUGCCAGGCUCGAUUCUCUGUCACGCUUUCACUUGCUCUCACUCUCUCUCACCUUCUCACAUCUCGUUCUCUCUCUCUCUAUCCCACUCUUUCCCCCCCUGCUUUCUCUGUCACGUCUCUCUCUUGUUGACUUUUCAGUGCUGUGCCCUCCACUCAUGGACAGAGGGGGCAUGUGUGGCUGGUUGAUGGGGAUUCACUCACUCUCUCUCCCUCUGUUUCUCUCCCUCGCUCUCUCUAUCUCAUGCCCCAGUCUGUCUCUCUCUUGUGGAGAUCACUGGCUGUGGCCUAAAAGUCUGAAGGCCUUACUGCCUGCUGUUGGAGCCCUGUGACCCCUCCGGCCCCCUCAUUCCCCUGUCUGUCUCUCCCCACCCCUCCCUCCCUCCCUCCCUCCCUCCCUCCUCUCUCUCUCUCUCUCUCUCUCUCUCUCGCUCUCUCUGUGUCUGCCAGGAGUAGCAGUCUUUGAGUGGAUAAGAAGCUGGCUCCUCUGUCAUAACUUUAAUGGGAGUCUGUCAUUACUUUUAAUGUUUUUGGAACGUGUGUAGCUUGGCUAACCUCAUUUAUUUGGGUUGAGUACUUAAAUAUUUAAAGGGACAGAGUGAUGAUAAGGGGAGAGUUUUACUAAAUAGUGAAUUAGAUUUGUUUAAAUGUCUCAUGCUUUGGGUUACUGUUUCCCGUCUUUUUUGGCUACUCUUGUGUUGUGAAUAUUUUGAAGGGCUGAGGUUAGUUUGGUCUUGAGGAAUCAUGUGGUACUGUGACGGCGCUGGCCUUACUCUAUCACCUAAAGGGACACUUCAGUAUUUUGGCAAUGAGGCCCUUUGUCUACUUCACCAGAGUCAGAUGAACUUUUGGAUACCAUUUCUAUGUCUCUGCGUGCAGUUUGAAGGAAGUUGCUAACUAGCCCUAGCGCAAUUGGUAACUAGCGUUAGCGCAAUGACUAAAUUCCUUGAUAUUGGACACAGAGACAUAACAUUUGUAUCCAUGAGUUCGUCUGACUCUGGGGAAGUAGAUAAAGGGCCUCAUUGUCAAAAUCUCUAAGUAUCCCUUUAAAAAGGCUUAAAAACAAAGACUGAGAUAAAAAAACUGUUCAAAAGUAUUGUAUUUAUUUUUUAAACGGCCUUUCCAGAUCAAGUUAAAACCAUAAAUACAUUGGCAGCUUAAAACCGUGGCUCACCUAGCUUAAAAUACAUCCCCCUGACAAACAUUUCAGGCACAUCUAUUUAAAAUGGCAGAUUACCUAAUUACCAGGGUUAAAAUGAAAGGUACCAAAUCAUGGACUGUUUGCUCCAAUACUAUCCUGUGCUCUUGGUCCUCUCUUGAUGCUGUUGGUCUUUUUCUUACUGCAUCUUUCUCUCUCUCUCUCUCUUCCUCCCUCUCUCCAGAACCUCAACCAGAACCCUCGCACCCUGCUCCCCAAAUUCUUCGGCCUGUACUGCAUCCAGUCUGGCGGUAAGAACAUCCGCAUGGUGGUCAUGAACAACGUUCUACCGCGUGCCGUCCGCAUGCACCUCAAGUUCGACCUAAAGGGCUCCACAUACAAACGCUGUGCCUCCAAGAAGGAGAGACAGAAGGCCAAGCCCACCUUCAAAGACCUGGACUUCAUGCAGGAUCUGCAGGACGGCCUGAUGCUGGACCAGGAUAUGUACAGCGCUCUGGUCAAGACCCUGCAGAGAGACUGUCUGGUGAGGAAAACGAUCCAGGUUUAGGACCCAUUGCUUGAAAAAGAAAAGGAGAGCUGCACACUCUAGGAGCUCAGAUGCAAUAAUUUAAUAACCUAAUAACCAACGUUUCGACAGACAAGCUGUCUUCAUCAGGGUAUAAUGAGGACCCAUUGCUAUCAGGGUUUAAAUUACACAUUUACAUAAUUUUAAACUUUAAACAUCUACAGUUGAGGGCACAAAAAAGUUACUUUUUCAAAAGCCCCCCCCCCCCCCCCCCCCAAGCCAAUACUUUGUAGAGCCACCUUUUGCAGCAAUUACAGCUGCAAGUCUCUUGGGGUAUGUCUCUAUAAGCUUGGCACAUCUAGCCACUGGGAUUUUUGCCCAUUCUUCAAGGCAAAACUGCUCCAGCUCCUUCAAGUUGGAUGGGUUCCGCAAUCUUUAAGUCAUACCACAGAUUCUCAAUUGGAUUGAGGUCUGGGCUUUGACUAGGCCAUUCCAAGACAUUUAAAUGUAUCUCCUUAAACCGCUCAAGUGUUGCUUUAGCAGUAUGCUUAGUCAUUGUCCUGCUGGAAGGUGAACCUCCUUCCCAGUCUCAAACCUCUGGAAGACUGAAACAGGUUUCCCUCAAGAAUUUCCCUGUAUUUAGCGCCAUCCAUCAUUCCUUCAAUUCUGACCAGUUUCCCAGUCCCUGCCGAUGAAAAACAUCCCCACAGCAUGAUGCUGCCACCACCAUGCUUCACUGUGGGGAUGGUGUUAUUGGGGUGAUGAGAGGUGUUGGGUUUGCGCCAGACAUAGCGUUUUCCUUGAUGGCCAAAAAGCUCAAUUUUAGUCUCAUCUGAACAGAGUACCUUCUUCCAUAUGUUUGGGGAGUCUCCCACAUGGCUUUUGGUGUACACCAAACGUGUUUGCUUAUUUUUUUCUUUAAGCAAUGGCUUUUUUCUGGCCACUCUUCCGUAAAGCCCAGCUCUGUGGAGUGUACGGCUUAAAAUGGUUAUAUGGACAGAUACUCCAAUCUCCACUGUAGAGCUUUGCAGCUCCUUCAGGGUUAUCUUUGGUCUCUUUGUUGCCUCUGAUUCAUUUACAUUUUUACAUUUGAGUCAUUUAGCAGACGCUCUUAUCCAGAGCGACUUACAGUUAGUGAGUGCAUACAUUUUUCAUACUGGCCCCCCGUGGGAAUCGAACCCACAACCCUGGCGUUGCAAGCGCCAUGCUCUACCAUCUGAGCUACAGGAGGCCUAUUAAUGCCCUCCUUGCCUUGUCUGUGAGUUUUGGUGGGCGGCCCUCUCUUGGCAGGUUUGUUGUGGUGCUAUAUUCUUUCAAUUUUUUAAUAAUGGAUUUAAUGGUGCUCCGUGGGAUGUUCAAAGUUUCUGAUAUUUUUUUAUAACCCAACCCUUAUCUGUACUUCUCCACAACUUUGUCCCUGACCUGUUUGGAGAGCUCCUUGGUCUUCAUGGUGCCACUUGCUUGGUGGUGCCCCUUGCUUAGUGGUGUUGCAGACUCUGGGGCCUUUCAGAACAGGUAUAUAUACACUGAGAUCAUGUGACAGAUCUUGUGACACUUAGAUUGCACACAGGUGGACAUUAUUUAACUAAUUAUGUGACUUCUGAAGGUAAUUGGUUGCACCAGAUCUUAUUUAGGGGCUUCAUAGCAAAGGGGGUGAAUACAUAUGCACUCACCACUUUUCAGUUAUUUAUUUUUUAGAAUUUUUUGAAACAAGUUAUUUUUUUCAUUUCACUUCACCAAUUUGAACUAUUUUGUGUAUGUCCAUUACAUGAAAUCCAAAUAAAAAUAAAUUUAAAUUACAGGUUGUAAUGCAACAAAAUAGGAAAAACGCGAAGGGGGAUGAGUACUUUUGCAAGGCAUUAUACAUUGUUAAUAUGACAAACUCCUUUGACGUCGAGCAGCAAAUUAUUAAUUAAUACAUUUCUGAAAUAUGCCUCUGACUGUGCAGUUACAUCCACUGUGAAGCAAAUGUUUUAUACUACGCUGCAGUACAGGUUAAGUUUUUAAUUCCCCCAUUUGUAAUAGAAAAAAUCAUUGAGAAGGACCCCAUUUGACAUGUGGACCAAUCAUAGGGUUGAUAGGCCUGGCUCAGUCCUAUAACUGAAACCUGUAUCUCUGUGUCUAUUUCCAGGUGCUGGAGAGCUUUAAGAUCAUGGACUACAGCUUGCUCCUGGGGGUCCAUAACAUCGACCAGGCAGAGCGGGAGCAGCAGAUGGAGGGAGGAGAGAAGGAUGAGAAGAGGCCCGUGGCCCAGAAGGCCCUCUACUCCACCGCCAUGGAGUCCAUCCAGGGAGGGGCUGCCUGUGGAGAGUCUAUCGACACUGACGACACGUGAGUGACUGACACGUGACAGGCUGGGGUGUUUGGGUGUUGUUAGCUGUCUCCUUGUAGCUCUCUCUAUCCUCUCUCUGUUUGUCAGUGUCACUCUUUGUAUAUCACUAUCUCUUCAUGUUUGUCUCUGUAGGAUGGGAGGCAUCCCAGCAGUCAACGGGAAAGGAGAGCGUCUACUCCUCUACAUCGGAAUCAUCGACAUCCUGCAAUCCUACAGGUAAUCACAAAUAUCAUAUAAAUCAUACAGAAUCGUGUUCAUUAGGGCACACUGAAGCAAAACGUUUUGGAACGGAAACGAAAACUAACGUUUCUUAUUGGACAAGUUCAGGUAGUCCCUCUCUGUAGCAGUCAAUUUUUGUGUCUUUGGUGCCUAAUAAAUGUGACCCAGGUAACUAUAUUAUAACUAAUUCAGUCACUCUCUGUCUUGUAGAAUCAGCCCCCCAGCAUCAUAAGAUAACAAAAUAUUCAGCCUCCAACAGCGUAUAUAA